AAAAUGCCUCAUUUACUACUUUGCUAUUUAUUUGUAGAAUUUCAAUUGGUCUUUGUUUUCACUAAAAUGAAUCACCGAGUUUAUAUUCAUUUGUUCCAACGUCCUCGCCAAUUAUGUGACAAAAAUCCUUCGUAAACGACAAAUCUUUCUUCCGCGUACGAGCAGGAAACGCAAUGUUCCUUAUCAUCCGACAGAAAAUAAAGCAAGGGGAACACUGUAUAGGAACGUUCAGCAGAGCGAAAUAGUUUUAUUUUAAUCAAGCUGGUUUCACGAGAAGGUAAUCUCCCCCAUGUUCCUCUCAUAUUAUGUAAGCUCGAUCGAAAAUCCUGGCACAGAAACGCAACUCGGUUAAUGGUUCUCUCAGAUGUAUAGUGGAGAGUGAAAGCGUAAGCAUCGUUCGCGUGUUGCUGGAAUUACGCCCCUCGUGUUCAUCGAACGUGUUAGAAGUCGAGUAGAUAAUACAAAUUUUAUUCGAUUAUUAACAGUGGUUGUUAGAAUCAGAAAUGCGAUCAACCUUUGCUCUUUUUCUGUUGCUUAUUUGCGGCAGUUUCGGCGCGGAAUUCGAGGAUCAUUUCAAGGAUUGCCAUCCAAACGUGCCAGGAUUCGACUCCUGCAUAAGAGAAGCAUUAAAUGCGAUUCGACCGUACUUCAAAACAGGACUUUCAAAAUAUAAUGUCCUGCCGUUUGAUCCAUUUUUCGCGAAGGAGGUGUCUGUGACAAGGGGAAUGCCAAGUUUUGGCUUCACUAUUACGCUGAAAAAUGUCACCGAGAGCGGAUGGACUGCUAGCAAAGUGACGAAAUUCGUUAGUGACUUGCCAAAUUACAAGGUUGUAUAUACUCAGAGUUUCCCAGCAAAAUUUCUGGCAGGUUUGUACGAAUUUAAAGGAAACAUGUUUGGCUCCAGUGUGAGCAACAAAGGGAAAUUCACUCUGGCUCUUUACGAUCUCGUCCAGACAACCACCGUCACCAGAAGACCCGGUCAAAAAAUAAAAGUCAGCGUGGACGUGCAAACGAUUCGUGAUCUGAAGCUUCACAUAACAAAUUUAUUGUUUGGUCGACAAAUUCUCGAGGAUAUCCUCGACAGGAUAAUAAACGAAGCCUGGCAACCAGGAUUCGUGGUGACUAGACGUCUGAUCAAUGAUCUCGUUUCUACCGGGUUCACGGAGAUCUUUGGAAACGCCUUUCGCAAUUUCCCAUUCGAGAAAAUCAUCAAACCAAAGCCCGAUGCUAGUUAAAGAACGAGUUCAUAAUUAUUUAAAGAAAUAAAUUCGAAGAUGGUAUUCUAAGAGAAUCAAAACGAUUCAUUAAUCGAAGAUAGUUUUCUCUAUUUGCUGUGAAUUUCUAAUGUAUUUAGAUUAGAAUAAUACAUUUAGGAGAUGGACUUCGCAAGGAACAUCUUGUGAUCUAAACAAUCAAAAGAAACCAAGGAAUUCUAAUUUUUCAUAUUUUACAGCUGCACUGAGAUAAGUGCAUUCGUCUGUGGUUAAAUAAUACUCAUAUUUUUUCUCGGUAAAACUUUUCUUAGCCGCUAGUUCAAUUACCUUUUCUUUGUCAGGCAAUCUACGUUCAAGGAUCCGUCGAGAGCUUGUCAGAAUUGGCGAUCUACAGUUCUUACCGUAGGGAAUACUAGCAGGGAACAUAGGGCUUUCCUCUUCUCUUGUCAAGAUAGCUGUUCGCCUUGAGAAGUUGACGGUCCCUGACCUCGCAUUCUUAUGGUGCACGCAUCCUCAAGACGAUUCUCAUCGACUAUUAUCAAUAAUUUCCAUUGAAACGAACGAUGUAUCCGAAGAUAACGGAGCGUUCGAACAAUUCCAUCAGGAAUCGUUAAUGAAUUCUUUUACCCGUGUGAACGAAAGUAGUACGGUUCGAUCCGCCUCAUCGCGAUCGAUCAUGACCGAUUUCGAUCGUCAUCCUCUGUUACGGUGCUUAUUAACGGUGCUUAACAUUCUUUCCUCUAAGCACCACAUCCGUCGCGUCUAUGCUCUAUGUUCCCUUAGUUGAAAUUUUUAUUAAAAAUCGUUAAUUAGUCAUAUCCUGAUCAAUGUCAUAAUUGAUUAUAAUUUGUCAAAUGAUCAUUUUAGAGAACAUAUUUAUAAUUGUAGAUAUAAAUAAGAAAUGUAAGAUAUAGAGGUGCCAGAUAUUCGGAAUUAACUCAUUAUCCGCCAAUGUCCCAUUUUUGGGACACAUUUUCAAAUUUUUUUCUAUCAAAAAUUAUUAAAGUUAUUAAUAGAAAAAAAUUAUCUGCCAAUGUUCCAUUUUUGGGACACAUUUUCAAAUUUGUUUCUUUCAAAAAUUAUUAGUUAUUAAAAGAAAAAAAUUUGAAAAUGUGUCCCAAAAAUGGGACAUUGAAGGAUAAUGGGUUAAUGACAGCGAUCUUGCAGAGCAGUGCGCGCAUUGAAAUCACCGGAGUUCGUGCACCUUCGAAUUCGGAGGCAUUGAAAUCACCGAGAGCGUAACUGUUUUACCGAUAGAGAUUCUAAGAUAUAUUUUAUCUUCUUUUCUACAGAUUUCAAUUCCUAGCAAUUUUAUAUAGGAAUUAUAAAAAUAUUAUUAUUUUUACUGUUAUAAAAUAAAAGGGACUUAGUUUAUAAAACUAUUCCUUUUUUUACUAAAUAAUUUGUAGAUUUUACAAAUCUUUUUGUAUUUAAUAAAAAUACCAAACAUUCUUAA